ACGCAACCCAUUUGGGCCGGCCCAAACACCGGCUCGUCUGUCCUAAUGGCACGAUUUUCUCUCUGGAAACUCUGGUCUUCCGUCAUACUCAAAAUCGCAUAAAAGCAGGGUCGCUGGUACCAGUAUAGCAGCACACUUGAGCCAUGUCUUCUACUCCUCGCUCUUUCGUCUUGCCUGACCUCUUGGCUCUAUGCCCGUUCAAGGCUUCCAUAAAUCCUCACCACGCCAGUGCAGCCGCAGCUUCGUCGGCCUGGGUCGACAGCUACAGGAUUUUCCCCGACAGAAAGCGCGCCGCCUUCACCCAAGAGUGCUAUGAGCUACUCGUCUCGUACGUCAUCCCGAUGGCCGACCACGAGCACCUCAGGAUGUGCUGCGACUUCGUGAACCUCCUGUUCGUCAUCGACGAGGUCAGCGACGAACAGGAUAGCGCCGGUGCUCGCCGCACCGGCGACGUAUUCCUGAACGCCCUGCGCACCCCAGGUUCGGACGACGGUUCCGCGUUGGCGAAGAUGACCAUCGAAGUUAGAGCCCGGCUGCUCCAAUGCGCAGGUCCGGGCUGCGUCCGACGCUUCUUCAAACACUGCGAGGACUAUAUCGACGCAGUAGCUCAGGAGGCCGAGCUCCGAGGACGUGGGGUUGUCCUUGACAUGGCCUCCUACGAAGCGUUGCGGCGCGAGAACAGCGCGACACGCCCGUGCUUGGUCCUCACCGAGUCCUGCUUGGGCAUAGAGCUCCCGGACGAAGUCCUCGACGAUCCGACAUUUAUGUCGUUGUAUUGGGCUGCGGUGGACAUGAUCAAUUGGUCGAACGACAUCUAUUCAUACAAUAUGGAACAGGCGGCGGGGAUGAGCGGUAACAACGUCGUCACGGUGCUCAUGCACGAUGAGAACGCCGAUGUGCAGACCGCCGCCGAUCGCGUGGGAAGGCUCUUCGAGACACUCAUGGACCGCUUCGUGCAGGCUCAGAGCCAGCUGCCGAGCUGGGGCUCCGCCGUCGACCAGAUGGUCCAGAAGUAUGUGAAGGCGCUGGAGUACUGGAUUGUCGGGAAUAUCGAGUGGAGCUUCGAUACUCAACGCUACUUCGGCCCGCUGCACGCGGAGAUCAAGGCGUCCCUUGUCGUCCCCAUCCGCUUUUGUAAACAGACUGAGGAUGAUGACUCAAUAUUGGCCUUGAAAGCCACCUCUCUCCACCGUCAAAGAGACCAUCUUUAGACCCCAAACAGGGGAGACUACGCCGUAUGUAGGAUUCUAUUGAUUUCUCUUCCCCCCCCUUUUGUAGAGAAUUGGGCUGUGAAUGCCCUUCGUACGAUGCACGAUUAGGUUUUCUUGCGCUCCGAGACUGUCCCCUGCC